AUGCCGGAGUUGGAGAUGAAGGAGAGGGAGGUUCCCGAUGCACACUUCACGGUGGACAAGCAGAACAUCUCCCUCUGGCCUCGAGAGCCUCCUCCCAAGCCGGAUCUGUCUCCAGUCCUAAGGAGACCUCUCUGCAUCCCAGCGGCCUUCAUCUGUCUGUUGUUGAUGCUGCUCGCCUCCAUUGUGUUUCAGGCUGUUUUCUAUCCCAGGUUGAUGGACAAAAUAUUGGAUGUGAAGAGUGACGCUCAGAUGUUGAGAGGUCGUGUGGACAAUAUCAGCACCCUGGGUUCUGAUCUUGUGAAGGUCAGAGGCCGUGUGGAGGAGGCUGAAAUUCAGAUGAGGAUGGUGAACACCAGCCUCAGCCAAGUGCACUCUCAGAUCCUGGCUUUGGAAACCAGCAUGGAGUUAGCCCAUGCCGAGAUCGGGGUAUUGACAAGAAGCUGGGGAGAGGUUGAUAAUCUCAAUGCAAAAAUCCCAGAGCUGCAAAGAGAUCUGGAUAAAGCCAGCACCUUGAAUGCAAAGGUCCGAGGACUACAGAACAGCUUGGAGAAUGUCAACAAGCUGCUCAAAAGACAGAGUGACAUUCUGGAGAUGGUGUCUCGAGGCUGGAAGUACUUCGAGGGGAACUUUUAUUACUUUUCACGCUCCCUAAAGACCUGGUACAGCGCUGAGCAGUUCUGCAUUUCCAAGAAAGCUCACUUGACCUCAGUGACCUCAGAAUCAGAGCAAGAGUUUCUCUACCGGGCAGCAGAUGGGAUCCCCCACUGGAUUGGCCUCACCCAGGCAGGGAGUGAAGGGGACUGGCACUGGGUGGAUGAGACAGCAUUCAACAAGGAGCAAAGUGGGAGGUUCUGGAUUCCAGGUGAGCCCAACAACACGGGGAACAACGAACACUGUGCCAACAUCAGGGUGUACGCCCUCCAGUCCUGGAAUGAUGCUUCCUGUGACAAUAAGUUUCUUUUCAUCUGUAAGCAGCCCCAAAUCUAA